AUGAUUUUAAAAAAAAAAAUUUUCCUUCUACUAAUAUUUUUCUUUUUAUUUAAUGAAUGUUUCUGUUAUGAAAAAAAAAAAGAAUUUAUAAAAUUCUUAGAUUCAAGCUCUUCAGAACUUUCAAAAAAUAAAUUAUCUUUUAAACCAUUUAUGGUAAAUCAAAAUGCCAUUUUUAAUAAGUUAUUUUUAAAAAAUAUUUCUAGUUAUAUGUUAGAUAAGCUUGAAUUUUCUAAAAACUGGAAAAAAUUAGAUGAAGCAAACAAGGAAAAUUUUAACAAUAUACAUUUAAAAGAAAAAUUUUUUUUUAGAAUUAGGAAAGAGAACAAAAAAAAUCCAUAUGCAUAUAUUCCUAUUAAUGAAGAUUCAAAGAAGGAAUUCAAUAAUUUCGAAAAAAACAAUACUUACAAAAGUAUAAGUUAUGAUAAUAUAUUUAAGAAUGAUAAAAUAAUAGAAUCAUCUCAAUUAAAAAAUAAAGAAUAUAAUACUUCUUUUAAAAAAGAAAUUAAUAGUAACAAUGAUAGUAGCAAUGAAAAUAAUCUCCAUAGGUUUAAUGAAAUGAUAAAUAAAGAAAUGAUAAAUAAUUUUAAAGAUAUUUGUAACCAGAUUUAUAAAAAGACUUUUGAUUUAAAAAAUAGUUCUAAAGUUCAUAAUUCUAAUAUCUUAACUUUAUAUAAAAAUCUUUUAGAAGGUAAAGAUAAAAAAUAUGAUUUACUUGGUUAUGGUGAGAUGAAAGAUGUAUCAGCAUACGUUUUAAAUUAUUCAUUAAAUGAUAUUAAAAGUAUUAAAAAGUGGAAUACAAAUAUAAAAAGAUUAAAUUAUUUAAACAUAAGUAAAUCUACACUAUUAAAAAAAAAAAGUAGUAGAGAAAUGUUAGAUGUAAAUAAAUAUAUAGUAAACGAUGAAAAGGAUAUUGAAAAUGAGAAAAAAAAUAUUCUUUAUUUAGUAAAUAGCCUUCCAUGGCCAUUUAAAAGUCAUGAUGUUAUAUACGAAGUUUUCCAGAAUUAUGAUGAAAGUGAAAAUAUGUUUAUAAUUGUAAAUAAAUCUAUUAAUGACCUUUUUAAUAAAAAUGAGAAUUUUUCAAGAAUCAAUAAUUAUGAAAAUUUUUUUUGUAUAUAUCCCAAAAAAAAAGACAUUUUUCAAAAAGGCUUAGAUUAUGUUAUUUCUUUAUAUUACAAUGCUAGCCUACCUAAAUUUAUUCAGAAUAACCUAUUUAGUAAUUUAUUCCCAUCUCUCAUUUAUAAUUUAUAUAGUUAUUCACAAAAAGAAACAAUUAAAAAAAAAGAUAUCAACCAUGAAGACAAAAUGAAAUUGUUAAAACAUAAUGAUUUGGAAAAUUGUGAAAAAAAUGAUAAUAAAAAGAGAGAAAUUCAAGAUGAAAAAUAUAAUGAAAAAUUAGAUAAAAGAAAUAACUGUUAUAUUAAAAAAUUAUUUAAAUUUGUAUUUACUGAAAAAAUAAAUACUAUUUGGAAAGCAAAGAAAAAUUUUUUGAAAAAAUUAUUUUUUUAUUUGUACAAUUUAUUUUAA